GAUGUCGAGGCGGCCGUCUGGGUUAGGUCGUACCCGAGCGUCAGCGACAUCUCUCACCGUCGCUUUCCUGGGGGUCGACGAGCAGCUCUCCGCGAGGCCGUCACGGCCGCCUUCAGGACCGACCGUUCGACCCCACGGCCCUUUUUCCUAUCACCGUACGCACCCUCGCCGGAAUGGCCGACACCGAGUUCGAAGAGUUCCGGCACUACUUCGAGAAGCUGCCCCAGCACCUGAAAGCGCCCCUGUCCAAUUACACGCUCGUCCACGAUGUGAUGAUAGACGACUCGCCGACCUCGUCGCAGUACAGCGAUACAGAGGUCGGCAGGGCUUGCGAUGAGGUCGGGCCCGAUUCCGAGGACGAGGACGUCGUGGUGAUACAUCGGCACGACACGCAGAGCGGCCACACUUCCGGCGACGACAGCGAGGAUCUCGACCAGAACUGCUCCAUCGUCGCUGAUAGCGACUUUAGGUUGGUAACAUCCUUGUUCGGUGGACUGAGCAGCAGGGGUCGAUCGGCAGGCGUCGGUGGUCCAGGUCCCGGCGGAGGUGCCACUUCCGUUUCCGGCGGCAGAGACAGCGUCGUCAGCGAUGUCGGCGACUCUUGUUCGAGUUUGAGCUCUUGGCCGACGCCGGAACACGUGCCGUCUAAUCGACCGGGAAGCGGCGGCACCGAACGUCGACGCCGGAGGUUACCUGAAAUCCCGAAGAACAAAAAAUGUCUGCCCAUCGGUCAGAUGACCAUGCAGUCGUCGUCGUCGCUGGCGGACGAGCUGAACGCGGCGAACGGCUCGACGUCAAGCAGACCGCAUUUAGUCUUACGAAAAUGUCAUUCGAGGAUCCGUCACGAGGACAGCUCGCCGGACAGCGAACGGAUGGCCACCGACAGCGGCCAUUCCACCGCUCAUUCGCCGGAAAACGGGCCGAAAAGUGUCUCGCCCAUACCCUGCAACACCCUGCAGAACACAGACUCCGCUUCGCCUAGUAGCACGCCAGGAAGCGGAGGCGUUCCGUUCACUCAACUGGAGUUGCUCGAGGCAACGCAUCGAGGACUGCACAAAUUUGUGCCAAGACAUCACGACGAGAUCGAUCUCGAAAUCGGCGAUCCUAUCUACGUUCAGAAGGAGGCCGACGAUCUUUGGUGUGAAGGUGUGAACCUCAGAACAGGUCGUCAAGGAAUCUUCCCCUCGGCUUACGCGGUCGACAUGGAUUACAGCGACUUUGACCCGUCAGCGCCGAAAGUGAAAAGGGAACGAUACCUUCUGGGUUACCUGGGCUCCGUGGAGACCUUGGCGCACAAAGGUACCGGCGUCGUUUGCCAAGCGGUGCGACGAAUCGUUGGCAACUCGAACGAGUCGCCCGUCUCGCAAAGCUGCAUCUUGGAAGUAUCCGAUCAGGGUCUCCGGAUGGUCGACAGAAGUAAACCACGGAAAAGCCAGGGACCCUGCCACGAUUAUUUCUACUCGCUGAAGAACGUUUCCUUUUGCGCCUUUCACCCUCGCGAUCAUCGCUACCUCGGCUUCAUCACGAAGCAUCCUACCCUGCAGAGGUUCGCUUGCCACGUGUUCAUUGGCCAAGAAUCCACGAGACCCGUCGCCGAAGCCGUCGGGCGUGCUUUCCAUCGGUUCUACACGAAGUUCAUCGAGACUGCUUUCCCGAUAGAGGAUAUCUAUAUCGAAUAGAUUAUACUGCUGGCCUGUUCUAUAGCGGCUACAGAAGAAAAGAUAAACACACACACACAUUC